AUGUUGACCAGUCAGUUCGGGGAUAUUCAGGGGUCGUUCCAGAAAUCUCUCAACAUUCCACGACACAUACAUCUACAUGAAGGCAUUUAUAGUGAAAUCAGAGGUCGCAUUUCAUUACAGGCAAUGAACUUGAUCCAUAAUCAGGCACAACGCACUGAUAACGAAGCCGGCCUUUGCUUUUGUAAGAUCAAAAGGAUACACGGAUUGCCAUGUUUUCACGAUAUUGCACUUUACCGUUCUGUGGAUAGACCAAUUCCGCUAAGCUCUAUCCACCCUCACUGGAGUAAGUUGUCCAUGCACGCCCAGAGGCAUACUGACGAGGGAGCACGAUCCGACAGGACAGCUCAGCUUAUUGAAAGAUUAAAUGAAAUGGAUUCCGAUAGUCGAGAGUCUAUGAUGGACAGGGGUCGACCUACAGGCAGAGAUGAGCAGAAUAGAGGUCACAUACCUUCUUUCACAGUAUCCACAUCAGAAUCUCGGGCCUCACGUAUUCCAACAUCGCGAAGGAGCAAUGGGAGAGAUCACCUUGUUGAGAAAUUUCCUCAGCAGUAUCAGCGUUAUAUUUCCCACUGUGUUGACGUUCGACCCGACGGUCAUUGUGGCUUCAGGGCGUUAGCUGCGCAACUUUAUGGUUCUGAAGAUCAAUGGGCUCAAGUACGACAUGACCUUAUCCAAGAGAUUGAACAAAAUCGGGUCCUGUACGAUCAGCUUUAUCCAGAACGUAAUUAUGUAUCCCAUGUGCUACGAAGACUUCAUUGCUUUCAGCCAUCGGCACCAGAGGAUCAUUGGAUGGAUUUUAUAUCAUUGGGACUUGUCAUAGCAUCAACGUACAACGUUGUACUACAUACAUUCGAUAUGAUUGCUUCGAGUUGUUUCACUCACUUGCCGUUGAGCUCCCAUCCAGUUCCAUUCGCAACGCGCACACAUAUAGCUAUUGGUCGUAUUAAUGACAAUCACUUCGUGCAAAUUUUCUUAUACCGUUAUUAUUCUGUACCACCCAUCAUCAUAUGGUGGAGCCCAAAUGCAUCAAAUGAAGCACACGGAUGGGCUCAUCCUUAUGAAGUACGCCUCCAAUUGUGGAACGAAGUAAUGCAGAUAGAUUCGCCGGGACGACGACCACAAUUUGGCGGAAAUAUUGACUAA